UCCGCGUACUGCGAAAUGGUAUCGCCCUCUUCUGUAAAUGGGGUCUGCCAAGGAGCAAUUUGGGAGUGUUGGGUGGGCUGUGGUUGUAGUGGCGCGUGUUUUGUUCUGGAGAAAAGCUCUUUCUGAAACUGAGAACAACUACUUAGGGAUCUGUCACUGAGGGCAGGCAUCCCGUGUCCCGCGGUGGAGAGUUCUCUGCUCGGCUCAGCUGGGGAGAACUGUGAGCUUGAAUAGAAACUGCUUUCUUUCCCUAAGAAAUUAACCCAGUGCGUCAGCAUCUCAAAUGCGAUAAUGGUGAUGUUUCCCUAGGAACCAGGAAUUGGCUAAAGCGGUAUGGUUGGAUUCAGUGAUCUUAAAGGUCUUAAAUUACAGAAUGAUUUGAGUUGGAAGGGACCUUUAAAAGGUCAUCUAGUUCCAACCCGCCUGCCAUGGGCAGGGACACCUCCCAGUAGGUCAGGCUGAUCGAGCCAACUUGGCCUUGAAUAGCUCCAGGGAUGGGGCAUCCACAACUUCCCUAGGCAACCUGUGCUAGUGCCUCACCACUCUCAGCGUGAAGGAUUUCUUUAUAGUGUCUAGCCUAAAUCUCUUCCAAUAUAAAGCCGUUCCUCCUAGUCCUAUCACUAUUUGGGUUUUGUAAUAAGUCCUUCUUCAGCUUUCUUGUACACCCCCUUCAGGUACUGGAGGAUCACUGUAGGGUAUCCUUGGAGUCUUCUCCAGGCUGAACAAGCCCAACUCUCUCAGCCUGUCCUUGUAUGGGAGGUGCUCCAGCCCUCUGAUCAUCCUUGUAGCCCUUCUCUGGACCCAUUCCAACAGUUCCAUAUCCUCCUUCUGUUGAGGAUUCCAGAACUGGACACAAUACUCCAGGUGAGGUCUCACAAUAGAGGAAUAGAGAGGCAGAAUCACCUCCCUGACCUUAAAGGUCUUUUCCAACCUAAGUGGUGCUAUGUUUCUGUUAUAGAAAGUGUUUUCCUGAUGCCUUGACUCUUUGGUGUAAUAAACUGCCUUUGUCUUAAGUGAGCAUGCAAUAAUAAAACUAUUGGAGAAGGUGCUCUUUUUAAUGUCUGUUUCUAGGUCCGAUGUCCAAGUCGCUGCUGAAUGACAGCCCUGCUGCAGGCCUGCAAACGGACUGUGAGGGCAGCUCCAGAAGGAGGAGCUGGGGGCUGUUUGUCACUGCUGGUGUUGGUGGCACCUUGGUGGCACUUUAUGCUGUGGCCACCCCCUUUGUGACCCCGGCUCUGAGGAAAAUAUGCCUGCCCUUCGUUCCUGCAACUUCCACUCAGAUCCAGAAUGUGCUGAAGAUGUUGGAAACCAGAAGUGGCUCCCUAGUUGACAUUGGUAGCGGAGAUGGCCGUAUUGUGAUAGCAGCUGCAAAAAGGGGAUUCAAAGCUGUUGGUUAUGAAUUAAAUCCCUGGCUAGUCUGGUACUCCCGAUACCGUGCCUGGAGAGAUGGGGUACAUCAGAAUGCUAAAUUUUAUAUUUCAGACUUAUGGAAGGUUUCUCUUUCCCAUUACACGAAUGUUGUUGUUUUUGGGGUACCUCAAAUGAUGCCACAGUUGGAGAAAAAGCUAGAAGAAGAACUUGAAUGUGAUGCCAGAAUCAUUGCCUGUCGAUUUCCUUUCCCUUGCUGGAUCCCAGAUCAUACUACUGGAGAGGGAAUAGACACUGUAUGGGCCUAUGAUUUGAAACAUUCUAGACGAUGUGAAACAAAAAUCUUGGAAGUUACACCAGAGACAAAAUUCUAAACAUUUAAUUUGAUUUUGUACUGAAACUUCUGGCCUUGACUUCAUCUGGUAAAGAAAACUGCAUGUCAGAAGACAGUUGUAUCUGCAUUAAUGUUCCAUAAUUUCAUGCAAAUUUGAAGCAUGAUUCAUCUUAGAACAGAAAACCACAUAGAGGUUUGCAGAAAGAUUUACCACUGGCAGUUGUCAUGAGACAAAGCAGAUGCACUCAGCUUUUUGAACCACAGUUAACAUCUUAGGGCUGAAGAAUGACAGGAUCUUGCUGGCAUCAUUGACUCCCUGAGCUUAUCUAUUUCAUGGUAAUUAAUACAACACUUUUCAUUUAGUUUCCUGUCAGUGCAGGUUCCAUUGCCUCAGGCUUCAUUUGCCUUGGUGCUUGAUGUAGAGAGCAGCUGCAGCCCAGCCCACAGCUUUCUUACUGGAGUAUUUCUAAUCACUAUGAGUUUGUGGAACAGGAAAGGGAUUGCAGAAACGUCAGUAUUCCUGAGCUCAUGAGAAGGGAUACAUUUGUACUUGGGGAGGAAAAUAAUUUGUAUGAUUUAUCUUCCUUAUUUCCCUUAUUCUUGUUUUGCUCGCAUCCAGCAUUCAGAUUGAAAAAAAAGGGACUUGUCCCUUACUUCAUCCUUUGCCUUUCCAGGAACCCUUUUUAAUCCUGCUGAUUAUUUACAGUAUAUUUGUCCCUGUAAUUUAUAUUCCUACCUUUUUUGAUGUUAUUUACUUAGAUUCUAAAUCUUGGUCUUCCAAAAUGCCUUGGUUUCUCCAAAAGACCUAUAUAUUCACCAAAAAUUUCUCUAGAAUGUUUUCCUGUGUUCUACUUUCUCUUACAACUACUUUGUGUCUGUGGAGACCAUUAAAUGGUUUCCUCAGGCUUCUGUAUAUCUCAUAUUUGUUAAUCAGUUUGGCUUGCAUCAAGGAAGAUUAUGAAACUAAGAGGAAUUUGGUUCUACAAUACCUGUAUAUUUCAAAAUCAUGCCUGUGGCCCCACUCUUGCAAGCCACGGCAGGAGCUGCUAUUUGUCCAUGACCGCAUGAACUAAAUUCUGAGAAUUUUAGAAUCAUAGAAUCCUAGGCAGGAAAAGACCUUUGAGAUCAUCAAGUCCAACCAUACCUGUCCCCUACUAAAUCAUAUCCCUAAGCACUUCAUAUACUCGUCUUUUAAAUACCUCCAGGGAUGGUGACUCAAUAACCCUCCUGGGCAGCCUCUGCCAGUGCUGGAUAACCCUUUCAGUGAAGAAGUUUUUCCUAAUGUCCGAUCUGAACCUCCCCUGGUGCAACUUGACUCCAUUCCCUCUCCUCCUAUCACCUGUAACUUGGGCAAAGAGACCCAAACCCACUUCUCUACAACCUCCUUUCAGGUAGUUGUAGACAGUGGUAAGGUCUCCCCUCAGCCUCCUCUUCUUUAGGCUAAACAACCCCCCAGUUCCCUCAGCUGCUCCUCAUAAGACUUGUUCUCCAGCUCCUUCACCACCUUCGUUGCCCUUCUCUGGACAUGUUCCAGGACCUCAAUGUCUUCUUGUAGUGAGGGGCCCAAAACCAAACACAGCAUUCGAGGUGCGGCCUCACCAGUGCCAAGUACAGGGGCAGAAUCCCUUCCCGAUCCUGCUGGCUGCGCUGUUUGUGAUACAAGCCAAGAUGCUCUCAGCCUUUUUGGCCACCUGGGCAUGCUGCCGAGUUGUGUUCAGUUGGCUGUCAACUCUGCCAGGCAGCUUUCAUGCCGCUCUUCCCCAAGCCUGUAGCGCUGCAUGGGGGUUGUUGUGUCCCAAGUGCAGGACUCUGUACUUGGCCUUGUUAAACCUCACCCUGUUGGCCUCAGCACAUCGAUCCAGCAUAAUAUGUUGGCAUUACUUUUAUAAAUUAUAAUGUUAGGAGAAUAGAAUGUGCUAUAACUUCAAUUUAUAACUUCAAUUUAUAACUUGAGAGGUUCUAAAUUCCACAAAAGGUUGUUUGGUAUGUGGUUUCAUGCUAGUGUCAUGUUUCUUCUAAAGUUUCACAAAAAUUUGUUUAUCUUUCUCUCCUCUAAAUAGUUGCAUUGAUGUGGAUAUACAGGAAGAGCUAGACAAGACAUGCCUGAAAUUUUUAUGCUCAGAGGCAGUGGGGCCACUGAACAGCACUGCUCUCUGGAUGAAAGCAGAUCUCUGUGGAAAGUCCUUCAUGAAGUAUUGCUUCUGGCUAUGUUUUUGUGUCAUGCCAAGAGCCUGAUUGCUUCUCCUAAGAAGACAUAAAUUUGACCCUUCCUUCCUGAAUAUCUGAUUGAGUUGCUCUACUACCGCAACCCCAACUUUAACAAAGAGCAUCCACAGCUGCUGGAGAGGUGCAAGAGAAGUGUUGGCCUUCAGCAGAGUGCCCCAGCUGCAUUGACGCAGGAUAUGGAGAUGGAUAGCCCUUUUGAAGUCCAAGUGGUCAACCUGCAGGGGUCACACAGGCAUCUCCACCUGUGAUGACCACACCCAUGAAGCAAUAGGCUAGAACACCUCGUGGCAUUGGCCAUGCCCAUACGUCUCCACAGGCAGCUGCUCUGACACUUCUAAAGCCUGCUGGAGUAGCAGGCAGAGUUCAUCCCUCUGCCCCUCUUCUUUCUACCAGCACACUUAUACCUCUCCACCAUAUUUUGCAAUAUUUUCAUGUGGGCUUAUGCAGCCAGAAGCCCUCAAGGCUGGCCUGCCCUCCCAGCUGUCAGCCAUGGUUUGCAAUGCCCAUGCUGCCAGAAGCCUCAUGACAAUGCCAAAGCCCGACAGUCCCCUACUACUUGAUCUGUACCUACAGCCCCAACACUGCAGAGGCAGGUGAUGGCUUUGGACUCCAGUGUGGCACACGCUAAAGAGAGUCCAGCUAGUUAGUAGCAAGUCAGUAGUGUCUAAUAGCAUUGCUAAUAAGUAGAGCUUAGUAGAGUUGGUUAGAAGUAGAGCCUCGUUAGACUUGCUAAUAAACUGUUUGAACAAUAAGCUUUUUUCAGUUGUUCUGUCCUGUUUGUACAGUGUGAAGCCCAGAGUGCAAUUGAAUUUCACACAUCUGGUAGACACAAACACUUCAAUCAUGUCGUACGGGGAGCUGGUGCUAGGGUGGAGAAAGUUGUUCACACCAGUUCUACCAGAGGAUGUGCAGUGUCUGCUUGCAGAAAGUCCAUCUUUGCUAAGGAAAAAAAGCAACUAAUCGCUGAAGCAUAUCCCCACAUCUGCAGAGCCUGUACAUCUCCUCAGGUGGCUACUUCACCGCUUCCUAACUCUGCUGGAACAGCAGGCAGGGAGAACUUCUGUCUGAUGGUCUGAUUUACAACACCGGUGUGAUUACAAAGAGAAGAAGGAAUUAGGAAGAGGAAAAUCAAGCUUAGUAUUUUUGCACUGUUUUUAUGGAGAAUAUUUGCUUUAGGUGAUCGUAUGGUUAAAAGUCUGAUCCACAGCCCACUGAAGUGAACAAACACUCUCUGUAUCAGGUAGUGUUGGGAAAGAUCCUAGAGAAGGUGAAGAGAAUUUAAAACCAAAAAAAUAAAAGGACUAAUAAGAAGAUGUGAAAAUUCCUUUAUGUAAUAGAGACUUGUAUCUCUUGAGUAGAAAUGUUCUUUUAAGAUUGUCAGAAAGUGGUGCCCAAAUUAAAUUAAGUCUUGAUUGCCUUUCAGGUGUUUAGUGUUCUUUACCCUGUAAGAGGUUCAUAGACUGAAAGAUUUUUUUGAGUUUCCUAAGAGAUAAGAAAUCCUUUGGGCCUGAAAAUAUUGGAAUAUUCAUAUCAUAAUUAUUUUUAGAUGCAUCUGGAGCUUUAAUUUGUUGCAAAUAUGUUUUUCUUUGUGUCUUUACUCUUUUAUAGGGGGGAAGGGGAGACACAUUUACAGAAAAAACAAUAUUUCCUCCCCUCCAUAGUGAUACUUAUUUAAUAGCAUUUCUGUUCCUAUGGAAUAUUGAUCAUGUGCAUGCUGUUCUGUGCAACAAAUGCAUAGAUUCAUUGAUGAAGGAUUUGAACUUUUGAGAUAUGCAUCUUGUAUUAAUCCUACAUAGAUUUCUUCCUUUAACAAUUCUGAAUCAUAUUAAUUUUUAAUUACUUGGGUGCUACAGCUAAUCUUGAAUUUAAAAUAGAACCUUUUAUUUAGAAUCAUAGAAUCAUAGAAUCAUAGAACGGUUUGAGUUGGAAGUGACCUUAAAAAUCAUCUUAUUCCAACCCUCCUGCCACGGGCAGGGACCCCUCCCACUAGAUCAGGCUGCUCAGGACCCCAUCCAACCUGGCCUUGGGAAUGUGCUGUAAGGGUUUUUUUUGGUGGUUAAAUUUGUAGAGCAAAUCUUCAUAUGUAUUAUGCUUGUGAAACUAUGUAAAUGUCUAUUUUGCUGGAUGUAAUUUUGGUGAAACACGAUAAAAUAUAGUAAUUUUUAUGAUUUAGUUUUUAAUCGUGUUUCUUUCCAUUUAUAUUCAAGCCUCACCUUAAUGUACUUUGUAAUAAUUGAAUCAUAGCUAUGAAAAAUGCAUUUUUCUAGGUACAAUUUCCUUGCUUUUGUCAUAACGUAUUAUCUUUUUUUAUAGUUAGUGUUUCCUUAAAUUGCAUUUUCUUUGUAUUUCUUCUAAGAACAAAUCUUACUGUCCUCAGUAAUGCAGAGUAAUCUUCCUGUACUUUUCUGUGGUGUGAAUUCUUAAAUCAGUGUUGUCUUUGUGAAGGAUAUAAAAAGCUUAGGCUUGGCUUAACCGAUUCCAAGUCUCUUUCUAAUGAGAGAAAGUUUGCUUCUGAUCUUGGUCAUGUUGACCUAAAUGAGGAGCUCUUUCAGCCCAUCAGCCCAUUCAGCCAUGAAAUUAAAGGAAAGAUAUGCUAUACUAAAUGGAAAUACCAUCAAGCCAUAGGCUUCCUGUCUAGUAGUUAUUUUUACCAGGCAAAUCUGAGGCUCUUGUCAUGAGACAGUAUAAUUAUUCUUAUUUUAUGAUUGGAUUGCUUGGGGGCUACAUGAAAGUUGUGGUAAAGAAAAACUAGAAUUAACGAGGUGAAAUGAAAAAUGGAAAUCUCGUUUGCUUUUCUAAGGAAGACAGAAUUCCAGGCUAAAAUUUAUGUAGUGCAUUUUUAGAGAUUACUGCGGUCUUGUGCUGAUUUUGGUCAGUUAAGAUACAAGAUAUAAUUUAUGUGGCUUUUGUGCAAUGCUUUGUUGGGGCAGCGUUCAGGCAAGACUGUAUUUGAGCUGGCAAGCAUUCUGGCAAGACUGUAUUUCAAGUGGUAUCGUCCAGCCACAGUGCUGACUCUUUCAUCAGUCUCUGUACUUCUUGUUACAGUUCAAUGUUUUCCUUGUUGCAGGAUCCACAGCCAUCACAGUUAUUCUUCUUGAAGCGUUAAAUCAGAGAGGCAUUUUCUGUGGUGCCCUCGCCCAACUUUGUUAUUGAUGCUUAUAUGAAAGUAGUUGAUUAAACAUACCUGGUAAUUGUAAACAGUAAUGUUACUGUAGCUAUUAAAUGUAUAGAACAGUACUGUCAGUGCUGAAGCCCAAUUUAGACAUGUUCAUUAAAGAAAGCAAUAACCUUUGAAGGAUGUGCAGGAUUCUGCAGCACCUGGUAAUGAACAAUGUUAUGUAUUAACCUUUUUCCUUCUUUUAUCAAGAAGCCAAUACCUGAGGUUAUGCAUUGAAACAAGAAUUUAUUGCUAAUGAAUUUGUAGGUCAAGAUGCCAUCAAAGUAAGUUGAAGAGAAAGUGGCCUUUUAAAAGAUGUUUAUACAUUUCUUAAUAGCAGCCUGUCAUCUGUGAUGCAGCUGUAGUAACAGCAAGUGGUGUUUAUGGCUGUCUGCACAGUAGGAUGACAGCAGAACAGAGUUUUGCUGGGUUAAGCAAGGAAAAUCAUUCUUGCAUGCAAGACAACAUAGAUCAGUCACUAAACAACCUGCAGACAUAGUGGUGAAUCUUGGAAGAUGCUGAGGACCCUUUCUGAGGUGCUGGCGAGGACCUUUCUAUUCUAUUAAGACUCCCUAGUUUGAUCUUUAAGCAUAGCUAAAGCAAACCUUAAACUUGGUGUAAGUAUUGCUUCCUGCGAUGGAAAAUAUUUGGUAGACAUAGUUACUAUAGUAACUUUAGUGCCUGUUCCUCUAAAUACCACCCGGUUUAAGGCUAUCCAGUGGUAACAUUAACGUGUGAACCUCGUGCUGGUCAUUUAGAUGAUGAUGAAUUACAUGGUGUGAAAGUAGUUUUCUCACAGUCACAAAGUUGAGUUUUUUAUUUAAUUUAAAAUUGUGACUCCAUACAGCUUCUUGUAUGAACAUUGCUAUAUGUGUACUAUGAGGUCAGAGUAUGCCUUCAAGGUAAUAAAUACA